AUGAGUCUCAAGAAUCAAAUGAGUAUUAUUAAGAAUAAGAGCCAAUUGUCUCUUUCGAGUGCGGAUUCGUUGACAGAACUCUCUCCUGAAACCAGUGAUGACUCCAUGAAGAGCUUAAUGGGCGACGACUGGACUAACCGGCAGUUCAUUGAGGCCGUGACCACUGGAAUCCAAAAAAUUACAGAAUUCUUGAAUAAUUUCGACAAGUCGUGCAAAUCUAAAUUGGCUGCACUUAACCAAAGAUUAACCAAAAUGGAGAAAGCAAUCACUUUUCUGGAGACCUAUUACUCCAAUCCUCAAAGUAUUGAUAGAUUACGAGAAUCGCAGAAACAAGAGGCUUAAACUGAUGGCACAAAAUACUUGUAAAUAUUCGUUGCAUCUGAAGAGGUAUGGAAAUUGUGGCAUAACUUAUCAUU